CAUUCCGAACAGUCUAUAAGAUUUGUGACACUAUCAGCAAUACCCACCAAUUAACAGAAGGUAGAAAUUACAAACUCAACUCUAUAUAUAUACCUGAGACGGAAGAGACCGAGUUAAUGGGCUGUGUUUCGAAUUAGUUCUUCUCUAGUUGGGGUGUCUUGCUUUGCUUGGCAUCUUCAAGCUUUAUGAUUUCUCUGUUUCGAAUUACACACUUCAAGAGGCAGGCUCCAUCCAGUGCGUGAACAAUACAACUCUGAAAUCAGAAAAUUAAAACGCGGACAAGUAAUGCAAGACUGAUAUAUGGUAGCCUAUAACAUACUUUUCCUAAAGUUGGUCGACCAGGCAAUCCCUCCUCUUCACGCUACUAUCCAGGAGGCGUUGGUGUCUUCAUAAGAAGGAGGGCAAGAGAGAGUGGGGAGAGAGAAAUUGGAGUGAAAAGCAAGCAAAACAAAAGAGCUUAAAAAACCCAAGUCUCAUCUUUUUCCAGUGGCGAAGCAAGCAUAUAUACCAUCAACAUCAUGAAAUGAGCUUUAAAGAAAUUAGCGAACAAAGAAUACUGCUGAGGAGACGGUGAGUGAACUACUGAUUCCUGGAAAACGAACACAUUUGUGGCAACUUUUCUGCAAUUUUAGCAUUUCUUCAUUCAUACAUCUUCCAGCAAAGCAAAGUUGUGCCGCCCAAAGAAUCAUUCUUUAUCCCCCAAACAGAAACACUUGUAUUCCAUCACCCUCACUUGUCCUUCACUCGAACAAUCUUCAAAUCUAACCAACCUCUACAUGUAUAAAAGCCCACCCUUUACCGUACCACCUUCUGGUCUUCGGAAUUUGGAUUGAAAUUGGUACAAUAAAGCCGUCGUCAGGAGUGAAGAGGGUGGGUCAUGGGAACAAGCAGAGGUUACUUGAGAUUACGAGCUGGCUUGCUUCUCCUUUAUCUGACUCUAGCAGUUAUUUCCCCCUCUCAUUGUGACGCAGAAAGAUCAAUAAUGCGUAAACGCAAGAGUUCAAGCAACAAGCAUUCUAAGAAAUUGAAAGCUGUUAAGCAUUUUAGUCUCGAUCCAUCCACAGAUUCAUCAAAUGUAUUACCCUAUAGCCUUAGCUCACCGUUUUCUCUGCCUCCAUACGAAUCUCUCGCGCCAAUUCCAUCGCCGGAUAAUGGCUCGCCUCCGUUCUGUGUGUAUCCUCCAAAUCCUCCUUCUACGGGUGUUCCCAGCCCAACUCUUCCGGACCAAGGCCCACCUCAAAGCCCAUCUGGAUCCUUGCCCACACCAUCGCCUCCUUAUUCUUACUCUUCACCACUUCUUCCAAUUCAAAGCCCACCUCCAGGCCCACCUGAAAUUGUUCCAAGCCCACCUACCACUAUCCCAGGUUCGCCCGAGCCAGUUAUAAACCCGCCCAUAGUUUAUCCAGGCCCACCAGGGAUGAGCCCACCAUAUCCAAUACCCUCCCCUAGUGGUGGAGGCAUCGUCCCCAGCCCGCCAAGUUCGUUCCCCUCCCCCACCGGCGGCGGUGUCCCCACCCCACCGAGUGCUUUUCCGUCCCCUCCUGGUGGCGGUUUCCCCAGCCCGCCAAGUACUUUUCCGUCCCCUCCUGGUGGUGGUUUCCCCACCCCGCCAAGUUCUUUCCCGUCCCCCGGAGGUGGCGGCGUUCCUAGCCCAACAGUAUUUCAACCACCAGUAAUCUAUCCACCACCGUUUGUGCCGCCGCCGCCCUAUGUUGCCCCAGUUGCCGCCUUGUGGUGUGUGGCUAAGCCCUCAGUUCCCGACCCGAUCAUGCAAGAGGCAAUUAACUAUGCGUGUUGGUCCGGAGCGGAUUGCGGACCAAUACAGCCCAAUGGGCCAUGCUUCUUACCCGAUUCUGUAUAUGCGCAUGCAUCAUACGCUUUCAAUAGCUACUGGCAAGCAAGCAAGGCUAGUGGUGCAUCAUGCGACUUUGGAGGGAUAGCCAUGCUAGUUGCAGUUGAUCCUAGCUAUGAUGGAUGCCGCUUUGUGUAUGAUUGAUUUGAUAGAGCAUAAGAGGGACCGCGUUUGGACGUCAACCAUAUUAGAAG